CAGGGUAACUUGGUCCGACGUCACAGCCUGAAGGAAGUUGAUUUUAUUGUCAACAACGCUCUUCUGAGGGAGUUUGAGGAGGUAAGAAUGCCACAAUCCUGAAUUGGUCUGAUAUCUUCUGAGGGAGUUUGAGGAGGUAAGAAUGCCACAAUCCUGAAUUGGUCUGAUAUCUUCUGAGGGAGUUAGAGGAGGUAAGAAUGCUACAAUCAUGAACUGGUAUGAUAUCUUCUGAGGGUGUUUGAGGAGGUAAGAAUGCCACAAUCCUGAAUUGUUCUGAUAUCUUCUGAGGGAGUUUGAGGAGGUAAGAAUGCCACAAUCCUGAAUUGUUCUGAUAUCUUCUGAGGGAGUUUGAGGAGGUAAGAAUUUCAACAUCCUGAAUUGGUCUGAUAUCUUCUGAGGGAGUUUGAGGAGGUAAGAAUGUCAUGAAAAUGGCCUCAUCAGGGCAUCAAGUGUCUCAGACGGGGAGCUAACUCCGGGAAUCCUUGUAUCAUUAAGAGUGGUUCCCGCGGAGUCGACUUACUAACAUACAUUUAUGUAUUUAAUUAUUUUUUUUUUUUAAUGCAAGUGUUUGAAAAUAAAAAUGGUUCAUCACUGAUUAUUGCAUAAAAAUUCAGUUCUAUGAAUUAAUUUUGAUUUAAAUUAGUUAUUGCUGGUAGUGACUUUAUGACAUGCCAAUAGAAAUUUUCUGAAACGUUAAAUGGAACUGAUAAACUAAUUUGGAGACAUGAUGGUCUCUCUAUUAUUUCUGUCCUUUACUAGGGAUCAAGAUCAAAAGUGUAACUUCAUGAGCACCGCCCUUUACGUGCUUUUUAAUAAUUUUUUUAUAAUUUAGUGAAAUCUUUUAAAAUAUUAAAAUGUAAGGUUCAGAGCGCACCGCCGCUGAGAAGAUUGCAUUCGUUAUAUUGUUUGAGUGAUACAUUUUAAUAUUACGAUCAGAUUCGCGACAUCAGCCAUCCUAACCUACUGCGCGUGGUGGGGGCCUGGCUCGAGGGAGACAAGAAAGUCAUCAUCACG